UUCGUUUAGGUUACUCCAAGUUGGGGCAUGAGUAUACCAAGAUGGCUGGCCGCAUCUCAAGUCCCGGAGUAACGCCCUAUACCAAGCUCGGAGGUUCACUCAGGCAGCAGAGCUAUACACCCAAGCCAUCCAAGUCUCUCCAAAACCUGUGCCUGUAUUUCACAGUAACCGAGUUACUUGAACAUGUCACCGCCGCAAUUUGAGCUUGUUGUAGAGGACUGCGAUGCGGCUCUCUGGCAUGACCCGAAUUACAUCAAAGCCUUGAACAGGCGUGCCAACGCUCUCGAGGCUCUUGGUCGGUACGCAGAGGCCCUGAGAGACUUUACUGCAGCUACUAUCCUCGACAAAUUCCAAGACGAGGCAGUAGCGCAGUCAGUGGAACGAGUACUCAAGAAACUCGCGACAGAGAAGGCACAGACUAUCGCGGUUACGAGAGAUCUGAGAUUGCCCUCACAGACGUUUAUUUCUGCUUACUUCGCUGCCUUCCGGAAACGUGCACAGGCCUACGCCGCCGGAGACGUCAUCACAAGGGGACCAGACAUUACUGCUUGCUCUGGAUGACACGCCCUUUCGCUUUUCAACGAGGCCGUCGAUCAGGGUGUGUCAUGGGAUAUUGGGCGUGCGGAGGCUUUGAAUUUACGGGGAACGUUCAAGUGGGUACUCUAGCAGUAGCUCGCGU